AUGUACUCAACCGCCCAUCUACGAUCUCCGACUCCGCCAACGACCUGGACCUCUAGCCUUCCCGCCCAGAAACAAUCAGAGUCCUGCAACAACUCUCCGGCGGAAAAGCAUCGGGAUCCAGUGCGAUCCCGGCUGAAGUAUACCAUCAUCGCGACCCCGACUGAUGGACAAACCUACGACAAUGUACCGGGAUAUGUGGACAAGUUCCUCGGGAUUCCAAGGACGCGCCAAUCGUCCAUCAUGCGAAACGGGAGUCGGCAAAUCUUCAACAAUUACGAUGACAUCUCCCUACUUAACAGUACAGAGAAAAUCUUCGUUCGUGUCCCGUGCAAUCGUCUGAAAACACACCUGGAAAAGGCUCCUCCCGGAAAGCCAGUGCAAAUUCCGAAGGUAGCUCUGAAUGUUCUAUACGAUUUUCGCGGCCCGAAAACUGAAGAAGUGUCAGGAGAUGCGGAGCCACCUCUACACUGUCAUCGUGGACCAGAUGAAGACCCUGGGCACGGUCAAUCGCGAUGGACUCCGUAA